AUGUCAGUGGUCGCAGAAAUGAAAGCCGAUGAAGGAACAGGAACAGAAGGACCAGCUGAGGAAGACGAGGCCCUGAUGGAGCUGAAGAGCCUGAGCCGCGUCCUGCAGGCCAUCCGCUGUGAGGUGGAGCAGCAGCAGAACGGGAAGCAGAGCUCUGAGGAAUGGAUCCAGGUGGGUUUCAUCAUUGACCGCCUGCUGUUUGGCCUCUACAUCGCCUUCAUAUCAGUCAGCUUCUUCACCAUCAUCAUCGUCUGGAUUAAAUCAAUUCUCCUCAUUAGUUUUCUGCGGUGCCGUUGAGGUGAACUGCUCCCAGCCGGACCAGCCCAGACUCCUGGCGGCUCUGUCUCCUGCCUUCGACAUGAGCGCCAUCCGGCCCGUCGAGAACCAGCU